UUUACAUGAUGCAUAUUGCUGUUAAUUUCAUUUAUUUGGUAAGCACGUUUCUUUUAAGUCAAGAACAUUGUGUUCACUAGUCUUGCAUUCAAGGGACGGUGUUAACAUUUGCCCCAAUGGACAAUCCUCAGGCCUGUUUAUGUGCUCGACCAAGUGUGCGUCCUGUCUGGCUCAGCAAACCAUUCGAACGUUGGCUAUCUGUGCUAGUAAUUAUCUUGGUGUGCAUGUUGAAUUGUGGUUGGGGGCAGUGUGUACAUAUCUGUGGCGUAUGGGAGGAAGUCUGACCCGAGUGAAAAUAGCUGUGACUUCCUGACUGAACUUUGCAAUGAGGAAGAGUCUUACAGGGAGGGGCAGAGACUCCUUUAGCUUGUCAACGGCACACUUUCAUCCGCGACACAGCUGUUUUCAUGCUGACCAACUGACUUCCAAGACUUCCACGUUUGCUGACUGGUACAGUCACAUCUUCUGAUGUGUGUGCCAGAGUCUGAGUUGAUUUCACUGACUUUGCUGGAUUCUCCCUCGUGCUGCUUGUACAGCCUUCCUAGUGUUUUUCUACUGACUCGACAUGGACAGUGAGGAUCCAGACAAGGUCCAGAUUGGCGAAAAUAAAUUUGUAAGCAAGAGCAUUCUCCUCUCAAACCUUAACACAUACAACCUUUAUUACAAAGGAGGAGCCCUCCAGUUGAGACACAGAGAGGAGGAAGGAGAGUUGAUCAUAGAGGGUUUACUCAAUGUUUUUUGGGGCGUGAGGCGGCCAAUCAGACUGCAGAUGGAGGACGAGAAGGAGGCAGGCAGGCCACGCCCCUCACUAACAUCUCUGAGUGCCGAAACGGACAUCAACACACUCAAUGAGGCCACUACAGCAGACGACCAAUCAAAAGACUUCAGCGAAGAGAAGGAAGAGGCAGGUGAGGAACAGCAGGAGUCGACACACUCCGAUCGGCUCCCCAGGACCAAGAGUGAUGUCUGUGGAAGGAGAAUUAACGGACGACGACUUGGAAUCAGGAGAGUCAAGAGAAACCGAUGCUCCUUCAACGGCCACUUUUAUAACCACAAGACGGCAGUUUUUACCCCAGCAUUCGGCUCUGUGACCAAUGUCCGCAUCAACAGCUGUAUGACGACAGCACAGGUCAUGCGAGUGCUGCUUUACAAGUUCAAGAUUGAGAACAGUCCGGAUGAAUUCAGCCUCUGUAUCAUCCACACGAGUGGAGAGAGACAUCAGCUGAAGCCUAAUGACUAUCCUUUGGCGCUCAGAGUUUUGCAAGGCCCUUGUGAACAGGUCAGCAAAAUGUUCCUUAUGGAGACGGACCAGGUAGAAGAGGUCACCUAUGAUGUGGCACAAUACAUCAAGUUUGAGCUUCCUGUUUUACAAAGCUUCAUUGCUAAGCUGCAAGAGGAAGAAGAAAGAGAGAUGCAGAAACUGAAGAAGAGGUACGCUGACAUGCAACGUAUCAUCAAGAAAUACAUGCGGUCUUAAGCUGAUUCAACUACAUUAUGAAGCUGUUCAGGCAUGUAUCAUGCAUCUGAACACCAUCUUUAAAGCACCAGCAUCGACAAAAUGGUGCUAUCUCAGGAAAAGGAAC